AUGGACAACAGAAAGAGGAGAAGAGAACUGUCUGAGGACCUGAGAACCAAAAUUGUGGAAAAAUAUCAACAAUCUCAAGGUUACAAGUCCAUCUCCAGAGAUCUAGAUGUUCCUUUGUCCACAGUGCGCAACAUUAUCAAGAAGUUUGCAACCCAUGGCACUGUAGCUAAUCUCCCUGGACGUGGACGGAAGAGAAAAAUUGAUGAAAGGUUGCAACGCAGGAUAGUCCGGAUGGUGGAUAAGCAGCCCCAAACAAGUUCCAAAGAAAUUCAAGCUGUCCUGCAGGCUCAGGGUGCAUUAGUGUCAGCGCGAACUAUCCGUCGACAUUUAAAUGAAAUGAAACGCUAUGGCAGGAGACCCAGGAGGACCCCACUGCUGACACAGAGACAUAAAAAAGCAAGACUACAGUUUGCCAAAAUGUACUUGAGUAAGCCAAAAUCCUUCUGGGAAAACGUCUUGUGGACAGAUGAGACCAAGAUAGAGCUUUUUGGUAAAGCACAUCAUUCUACUGUUUACCGAAAACGGAAUGAGGCCUACAAAGAAAAGAACACAGUACCUACAGUCAAAUAUGGUGGAGGUUCAAAGAUGUUUUGGGGUUGUUUUGCUGCCUCUGGCACUGGGUGCCUUGACUGUGUGCAAGGCAUCAUGAAAUCUGAGGAUUACCAAAGGAUUUUGGGUCGCAAUGUAGGGCCCAGUGUCAGAAAGCUGGGUUUGCGUCCGAGAUCGUGGGUCUUCCAGCAGGACAAUGACCCCAAACAUACUUCAAAAAGCACCCAGAAAUGGAUGGCAACAAAGCGCUGGAGAGUUCUGAAGUGGCCAGCAAUGAGUCCAGAUCUAAAUCCCAUUGAACACCUGUGGAGAGAUCUUAAAAUUGCUGUUGGGAAAAGGCGCCCUUCCAAUAUGAGAGACCUGGAGCAGUUUGCAAAGGAAGAGUGGUCCAAAAUUCCGGGUGAGAGGUGUAAGAAGUUUAUUGAUGGUUAUAGGAAGCGAUUGAUUGCAGUUAUUUUUUCCAAAGGGUGUGCAACCAAAUAUUAA